AUGGCCAUGCAUUUAUCUGGAGUCAAUGCUGAUUCUGACUGCAUGACCACCUUUACCCUCAGCUUCAUUGUAGCUGUGAAUGCUCUGUUCCUCUCCUUUUCACCCCUGAAGAUUCGCGAACAUGCAGGAUUGAGCUGUGCGAGGCAUAGCAUUCCCCACAUGGUAGGCGAAGGAGGAUGUGGGUCUGACGGCUCUACCGCCGCCCACCCGGGUGAAUGGACAUGUGUUCCGGGGUAUCAGAGCUUGCGGCUGACCAGCCGACGUGUCCACGCAGCCCUCCCACUGGCUGUGUCGACAUUUUGGGUUUCAUUGAAGGAUUUUACUGGUACAGACUUUACAAAGGCAAAAUUGUUUCUCAAGGAAGUGGGCAUGAAAGAUCUCAAAUCAGAGAAGAGCAAGCACAGAUUAAUGACCUAUCUAUGUCCUACACGGUUUUAGGACUGCGCCUAGAUGGGCUUAAAGACCCUAGCCUAAAAACUAUAAAUGUGCUUCCGUCUUUGCCCUGUAGGACAAGAAAGCCUUACAGACUUGCUUCUAACUGUGAGAGGAGGAGAGGCCGG